AAGAACGGUUUAGAUAUUGUUCUCGAUCUAUAGACGAAUCAUCAUGUCCAGUCCAAGUGAAUCUCAAAGUAAUAACGAAAACAAAGAAACCAAGACGACAAAUGCCCCACCAGCUUCAUUUGUCCCUGUUCAACCUACCCCUCUCAGUUCUCGUGACAAGUCCACCAAAAGAUUAAUAGUUGUAUUAUCACAAGCAUGUUUGGAAACCCACAAGAUGAGCACAGAUAGAAACGGUGGAGGUGACCGUUAUGCUCUUUUAAACUGUGAUGACCACCAAGGGUUGUUGAGGAAAAUGGGCAGAGACAUUGCCGAAGCAAGACCAGAUAUUACACAUCAAUGUUUAUUGACAUUAUUGGAUUCUCCAAUCAACAAAGCUGGGAAGUUACAAGUAUAUAUCCAAACUGCCAGAGGGGUAUUGAUAGAAGUUAACCCAAGUGUUAGAAUCCCAAGAACUUUCAAGAGAUUCUCUGGUUUAAUGGUUCAAUUAUUGCACAAAUUGAGUAUCCGUUCUGAAAACUCCAAAGAAGUAUUGUUAAAAGUUAUAAAGAACCCAAUCACUGACCAUUUACCUACUAAAUGUCGUAAGGUCACUUUAUCCUUUGAUGCAGAAAUUAAGCGUGUUCAAGAUUACGUAAGCACUUUAGACGAGGAUGAAAGUAUAUGUGUUUUUGUCGGUGCCAUGGCCAGAGGUAAAGAUAACUUUGCCGAUGAAUUUGUUGAUGAAAAAAUCGGUCUUUCUGACUAUCCAUUGUCUGCUUCUGUUGCAUGUUCUAAAUUCUGUCACGGUUGUGAAGAUGUUUGGGGUAUUUUCUAAAUAAACUAACUCAACUAUUUAAUUCUUUGUAUGAAUCUUUAUCCUUGAAUAGCGAGUAUUUCUGAUUCGUAUAGUGCUAUAUAUGUACAAUAGAUUCUGUUCUUUUA